UUAUGGGUGCACACUGGAAUAAUGCUCUGCUUUAUCCAGCAAUAAAAUCAGCUAUUGAAGAGAGAGUCCCGCAUUCCAGAUGAUCUUUGUCGCUCAUAAUGUCACCGAGUUGCUCGACUGUCAGGCUGUUCAUUGCUGCCGCUGGACUGGAUUGAAAGGAAAUAAUCUGCAGUGCAAAUGUGUGGGCAGAUCAAGCAAACACAGACAGUGUGCUGUGUGGUAAAAGAGCGUUGAGCUGUCACGUUACCUUAACUGUCUAACUGUUGUCUGCUAUUGGUGACCAAGUAAGCAGGGUGUAGUCCCGCACUGACACUGUUUAUGUACAUUUCUGCUGCUUUAUUUAGACAGACUCCCACUGAAGAAGCAGGUGUGUGAUUUAUCUGGGCUCCACACAGGCUGCAGCCUCUCUGGUGUUCCAUGCUGCUUUCAGCGAGGCUGCUACAUUUGGGACAUCUGCUGGACGUGGAGACUGUUAAACCUGGUCAAUCGCUGCUCAGCUGGUCUUCAGGGGUAAACUGAAUUCUCUGGAAUAGAACAGCUGGUCCUCUUAUCACCAUGAAUACAGACAGCGGUGGCUAUGCUCGCAAACGUGCUGCUACAUCCGUUAAAUUAGCCUCCGUGAAGAGAGUGCAAAGCUCACCCAACUUGUUGCUGGUUGCAGGUCCUGAAGCACAGACACCAGAUUCAGAUGUUUGGACAUCAUUUAACAUUAAUGACAGCUUCAAAGGCACACUAAAUGGAGAAACGCACAGCUCGUCACUGGCAGCCAAAGGAUUUCGGAGUGUCAGACCGAAUCUUUCAUUUCCAGAAAGAAAAACCCCUCCACAGCAGGUUCCUUCACCACCACCGAGAAAGGAAAGCUUUCAUUGGGGUCCACUAAUGGAUCCUGACAGCCACCAUGUAACACUUAGCUCAACCCAAGGCCUUAUACAUGGCAGUUGGCCAUCACUCCCAGAAUCCAGCUUGCCAAUAACUUCCAGUAUUACCCGCUUGACUAAUAAGGAAGAGUACUCACACAGUUCAUUGCAAUUGUUUCGACACUCCAGCGCAACUUCCUUUCCUGUACAGCAGCCAGCAGUUGCCCAGAACUUAACUCACAAAGUAGAUGAUAGUAGCACUGCUGACCUUUCCCUUCAGAAAAGUCAGGGCAACUUCCAAGAGCGUAAAAUCACCGCCAUCAAGCUAACCUUGCCCGAGGAUCAGCUCAUUGCUAAUACCCACAAUGUGAGACAGCCUGACAGUUCUGUGAAACCCUCACUUCAUUCACUUCCACUUGGCGAUAGGACAGAGCCUGAGAGACACACAGCCUCUCUUUCCAUUCAGAUAGCUCCAGCAAGUCUGCAUACAACAGAGCCUGGGCUCGACACACAAGGAUUCCCAACCAUAUCUGCAUCAAACAGUGGAAGGAAUCUUCACAAGGACACGUUUGAAGUGCAGUCUUGUACACGCUCCUCAGGGCAUCAUCUGCCUGAAAGUCAGUCAGAAGAGAAAAUGGCAUCCAAGAUUAAUACAUCACAAGGAUGCUGGCAAAUCACACCAGACGUUGCUUCACCUCUUCCUCUGCUACCUACUAACAGGACUCUUCUCUCGCCUUGCUAUGGUGUGGAGCGAGAGCCAGCUACCUUGCCAACCUUCGAUGACUUCAUCCCUUCCCACCUCCUGAAAGCCCGUUACCCUACCCUGUCAUCUUACAAUCUUCUUUCCCUGAACUCGAAUCUUUUCACAAACCCGAAUGAAGCAUCUUCGUUUGUUACUGACUCCACUCUGAGUGAAUAUUCGUCUUGCAACCUGAGUGAGUCAUCCACGGCCAUUCUAGAUGAGCUGCAAACCUGUGGCUACGAAACCACGGAUCAUUCUGACACUCCAUCCCCAACCCUGAGUCGGAUGUCUGCAAUAACUGAUGAUACAACUACCACCACUACUGCUCCCACUCAUAUGGUGGUGAAUGGAAAUUCUCGCACUGAUAGCAGCAGUCCAAUGAGUUAUUUGCAAAGGCCCUUCUCACCAUCAUCAGCUUAUUCUUCAUCACCUUCAGUAAAUCCAAACAUCGUUACAAUGCAACACAGCAGAACCAUGGAGAACCUAAGUACAUCACAGCAGAGCAAAUCACCUGGUGCAGACAUAAUGAGCAUUGACCCGGUUUACAGGACAUCAGAGGAGGAGAAGAAAGUCACGGUAAUUAAAGCACCGCAUUAUGCAGGAAUUGGCCCUGUUGAUGAAUCUGGAAUACCUAUAGCCAUAAGGACGACAGUGGAUCGACCCAAAGACUGGUAUAAGACGAUGUUCAAGCAAAUACAUAUGGUCCAUAAGCCAGAUGAUGAUACAGAUGCAUUCAAUGCUACAUAUGCAUAUGUUUAUCCUGAUAAUUACAGCUCAUUCACCUCUGUUCAGGCGCACCCACCUCCCAAGACACAUACUUAUCGGCCUUUAUCAAAAAGUACCUCAGACAAUGGUGUUGAAUUCUACAAGGAAUCUGCUCCAUUACCACCACCUCCACCUGUUCCACCACUUUCACAACCAAGACUGAGAGAAACAGAUUCCACCGAAAAGAAUGACUGGGAUCCUCCUGACAGAAAAGUUGAUACUCGGAGAUAUCGGGCUGAACCCAGAAGCAUAUUUGAAUAUGAACCAGGAAAGUCAUCAAUCCUAGAGCAUGAGCGACCGUCUAGUGCUGCAAAAGCACAGCUUUCUAAAGACAGGAGAUUCAGAAAACCUCAGUAUGAGGUUCACAAAGAAAAAAUACCCCAGAGAAAGAAGACUGCAGAAAGUAAGAUGCCGUCCAUCCAAAGUGCGCGGGAAUUUGGUCUCAGACACCAGGAAGAGCAGAAGUGGGUUGGUGGGCGAAUAACCCCAGAUGAAAUAGAUUUAGAAAACGAACCCUGGUAUAAAUUCUUUUCAGAACUGGAAUUUGGACACCCGCCUCCCAAAAAGCUUUUGGAUUAUCUGCCAGAAAAUUCUGCCCGUGUUUCAGCUGAGAAUAUAAAGACCUCUUUUUAUAAUCCUUCGAUAGACAGACCGUUGGAGCGACCUUCUAGUGCCACAAGUCCUGCAAGCGACUACAGAAAGAGGCGGAAGUCUGAACCGUCAGUGAACCAUCAGAGAGCGCAGAGUGACCACACAAUGCAGAAGAGCAGUGCUGACCUCCAUGGAAUAUCCAGGAGGUCAUUAACCAAUUCUUCACCAUCUUCACCAUCCAGAGUUAAAGGUGGGGAUAUUAGCAGAUCAUACCCACCCCUGCUUAGCUGUGUGCUUCAAAACCAGAAUGCUUCUCUUAAGUUAGGUCACAGUAGUCGCCAUAGCCAGCCCCUGGUUGUAAUCACUCCCAGUCCAAAAAGGUCUGUCCUGUUCAAGAAUGGCUGGCAUCUGAACCGACAAAACGCCGAAACUUGGAGCAGCACAGACGAAGGCACUUCUCCAAAGCAGAAGUCUCGCAGCUGUGACGAUCUCUUGCAAAAUGACUACGUUGACGUUCAGGAGGAGCAGACAAAGUCUGAGAGCAUGGUGACAUUACUUUGCGAAGAGCAACCCAAAGGGGAUUACUCCAGAAGUUGGCUCUCGCCUCACGGGACUGGGAAUGGGAAGCCCCAUCGAUCACGAGUUCGCUGCAAGUCAGCUCGCGGUGGCAAAGGCUUCCUGAAGUUGUACAAAAAAAUGCAUCAUAUAAACCGCAAGGAAUUAAUCAAUCCAGAAGUAAUCUGUACUGUGAAAUCCAGGGUCUUACAAUAUGAACAGGAGCAGCACAGAGGUAUCUUUUCAGAAUGGAAAGAAUUUUCCAAUGAGGUGCCUAGGGACAUGGUACCAACCAGAAUCUCUGAAUUUGAAAAACUAAUCAAGUCAAAAUCUAUGCCCAAUCUGGAUAACGUGAUGUUAUCUGAAUCUGCCUAUCCAGCUGCAAAUAGGACAGUCCUCCCAAAACGUCGAUUAUCUAUUGAAUCAUUAUUGGAUGAGGAAAAUCAAGGCAGGAAGGUUUCUAUGAUGCAGCAACAUUGCAUCACUAAAGCUGUGAUGCCGAUUCAUAUUAAAGUGACAAACGAAAACCAGCAAAGAAUAGCAUCGCGGUUUGAAAGCUUGGAAAUGGACAGUGACCAUGACGCAAUGGUGUCAGACCUCAGUGAUUGCAUCCCAGUUGAAGGCUCAUCCUUUUGUAGUGAAAGUGACUUUGACCAUUACUCGUUCACCUCUUCAGAAAGCUUUUACGGCUCAGGCCACCACGCCCAUCACCAUAAGCAUCUUCUCAGCUCCUGCAAAGGUAGGUGCCCAGCCUCUUACACGAGAUUCACCACCAUGCUGAAACAUGAAAGGGCCAACCAAGAUAAAAAGGCAGCCCCCAGGAAACCCGAAGCCGAGUCCAACCUCUCAAAGUUGGCAUUCCUUGUCAGUCCCGUGCCUUUCAGAAGGAAAAAGGGCUUACCUCCUCAAAGAAAAGCUGAGAAACCAAAAUCUAAAUCCGUGUUUGAAGCGCUGGAUUCUGCAUUGAAAGACAUCUACGAUCAUAUCAAAGCAGAAAAGAGGCGUGGCAGUUUACCUGAUAACAGCAUAUUGCACAAACUGAUAUCCGAACUGCUUCCAGAUAUUCCUGAAAGAAAUUCUUCCCUCAAGGUUCUGAGGAAAAAAGAAAGUCCACUGCCUGCUGAGCGGCAAGAAGAGGAGGUUAAUUUUCCUUUGUACCAGUGUGAUUAUGAAAAACAUCCCUUUAGUGCCUCUUAUCAGGACAUGGACACCAACAACAACCCAGAGAAUGAUUACACAUACUACCAAGAUCAGGAUUCUCAUAGGAUUGUCUCAGAAAUGGGCCGAGCAACAUUAAAAGACCGUAGAGGACUGACAGAUGAACCUCGUAGGAAACCAGAAGAUAAAGAGAGACAGCCUGCUAAAGCAAUUUAUGAUUUUAAGGCUCAAACAGCUAAGGAAUUGCCAUUCAAGAAAGGGAGCAUUGUCUAUAUUAUUAGACAAAUAGAUCAAAAUUGGUUUGAAGGCGAACAUCAUGGAGCAGUUGGCAUAUUCCCCAUUUCGUAUGUUCAGAAGUUACCCCCAACUGAAAAGACACAACCAGUGAGACCACCCCCCCCAGCUGAGGCCCGGGAUUUUGGGGAAGCUAUUGCGAAAUAUAAUUUUAACGCAGAUACCAAUGUGGAGCUCUCACUAAAAAAGUGCCUGCGGCUUGAGGCUGGUCACUGUCUCCCUUCAGGACCCCAAAGACACGUUCCGAGACAUCAUGGAACCUGUCAUCUGGGAGGCAACACACCAACCGGUGAGAGGGUCAUUCUUGUCAGGCGGGUCGAUCAAAACUGGUAUGAAGGAAGGAUUCCUGGGACAAAUCGACAGGGUAUCUUCCCAAUUACAUACGUGGACGUUCUCAAGAAACUUCAGCCGAAGAACACCGCAGAGUACCCCAGGCAUUCUCUGCCCCUGAGCUUUUCCAGUGAUAGAAUUCACUGUUUGGGAUCUACAAAGUUGACUUCUUGUCAAAGACUCAAUACAACAGCCUUCGGGCAUCAUCAUUCACCCUGUCCAAAUAAAUCUGCAGUCAACUCAACUACCAAUGAAUGGAUAUCACUGACUGUUGGACUGUCCCCAGUCAACACCACAGCCCCUACAACACCUCCUUUUCCUGAUAACCGGGUCUCUGAUUUAGUUAAUAUUUUGUCAGUCACCUCCUAUCAAUCUGACCCAACGCCCUCUACAAAUAUUGCCUCCUGUGAAAAAUUGAGUAAUUUCAUUCCAGUCACAUCUACAACCAGCCUUCCCAGUUCACCUAAAAGUCUGCACCAUCCAGUUUGUCAACCAUCAUCCCAUUCCAUCUUGUCUUCACCCAUGUUUUCAUUUCACACGAUGCCCCAUGGAUAUGAUGCAAACAUGAAGCAGAAUGCAGAAAAACAUCAGGAAUUCCCUCAGAGGCUCAAAACUCUUUCCUCUGUCAAUGGUAAAGCAACCGACACAAUGGAAGUUUCUUUAGUUAUUACAGAGCCAUUUGAAAGUAGCUCUCUAGAGAAAUUGCUCCAGGUCAGGGAUGAACAGGAAGAGGAACUCUGUGAAGAAUUGCAGUCAAUCAUCGAUGGAAGCCAGUCAAAGAAUAAUGGAAUUAAACACACAUGUUUCUAUGGGCAUAAGUCGGAUCCAAACAAGGAACUUCCAGCACUUUUUAUAGAGGAAGAUCCUAGUGAGGUCUGUAAGGCACCAGAGGCGCAGAGACAGAAGCCAGUUUUACCUGAUGAUCAGAAAGCAGCACGUAUUGAAAAUGAGACUGUUACAUCUGGAAGUGACAAAACUCUUGCUUCUCCUUCCUCACUUUUGCCUGCUGCAUAUCUAUCCCCACUGCCAAAGAUCUCCUCCACUAUACCUUUCUCUGCACCUUCACAACUCCCUCAACGACCCACAUUCUGCACCAAAUCCUCUUCCAGUCAGGAAGUUAGGUCUCCGAAGUUGAAGACUGGAUUGAAGACUGAUGUAGCUAUUGUUGGUAAGCCUCCUCGCAGCCCUGUGAUGUCUAAGCGAUCCUGUGGUUCACCUGUCAGGAGUAGUUUUUUACCAUCUCAUCGGAAUCAACAACCUUCCCUUGUUCAUGAACGCUCACAGAUUGGAGAGCCAUACCAAGCUAUGUACAACUACAACCCCAGAAAUGAAGAUGAGCUGGAGCUGAAGGAGGGAGAUAUUGUUGAUGUCAUGGAGAAGUGUGAUGAUGGCUGGUUUGUUGGAACGUCUCGGCGAUCCAAGUUCUUUGGUACCUUUCCAGGAAACUAUGUGAAGCGACUAUAAACUUUUAUACAUAUUUGUACACAUUUUGAGUUUAGCACAAUAACCUUCUGCAGCUCUCAUUAAAGGAAGUUUCAGUCUGUAGACACUCAAAGACACCUUUGUGAUAGUUGUGUGAUUGACUACAGCUAACUUCAGAAGCAUCAUUUAACCACAUCUUCAGUCAAGGAAUAAGGAUAUUUUGAAACAUGUCAUCUGGAGGUUGUUCUACGUUUCUUUCAGGAUAUUUGAAGAACAAUUGGUUUUUAUUAUUAAGGUGCACUUACUUGAUAAAUCCUUUAUUCCCCUAUGUAAGCAAACGUAGUGAAUGCUUAUUUAUUCUUCCUGGUACAGGAGCUUACAGUGGUCUGUCACUAACAUUUAUUAUUGAUGAUUUUGUCACAGAGUAGAGAAAACACAUAACACAAUUAACAAGUAUUACACUCGUAACUCAUACAGCUAUGAUAAUUGCCACUUUCUAAAUAAGAGCUGAAGUCCUGUAGUCUGCUCUAUUUUUCCUCCAGUUAAUUUGCUCAGUUUGUUUUGCUGUUGAAUGAUGAGGUGCAGAAGCAAUAAUGUCACAUUUUGUACAGGUUGUUUGAAAAUUGUUGAAGGUGUGUUUCUCACUUCCACACAAAUCUUUUAGUAGUGAUGGCUUAGAAUGUAUAGUAAAACUAAGGUUUCAUGAAAGAAUAUUGAGUUGAUCAGGCAUGAGACCAUUCUUUUCAGGUAUUCCCAAAUCCAAAUUGUCAUAUUUAAUACUUUGUGACUGCUUGGACUCAGCACCUACUAAGGAAUGCAGAUGUCCAAAUGUCAUAUAAGAUUUCAGUUUGAAACUGGAUUCAGGUUACAAUUACAGCAGCAUGAGGCAAUUUACUUUGACACUGUGUGCUCCAGCCCGGCUGACAAGGUUUUUAAAAAGAGUGAUGGUGCACAUUUUAAAAUCCACUUGUCUGAUAUUAGUUGUGUUAUUUAACGUAACUCCAUUAUUAACAUGGAAAUGACUCUGCCGUGCUUUCAUGUAUUUUUAAAGCUCCAAAAGAAAUCCCUAUUGACAGUUUGUUUAUAUGGUUGAAAAACCGAGCAGCUUCUUUCUGAUAACAUACAAUUUCCACUCUAGAAAUUUCGGACACAUUUUUAGAAAUUACUCAAUAUUUGACCGAAAUGAAAGGUUCUUUUUAUUUAAGAAUCUGAGCAACGUGUUCCCUGAAAUCAAACGAUAAACUAAACUGCCAUGGUUGGGUAUCAAAACACACAAGCAGAAGGGGAAUGAAUCGUUUGCGCUGCAGCACCUUAGUUCAAAAUAAGCAUGUGUGAUUGUCUUUCUAAUUUCUUUCAUAAAUGCUUGAGUUUACCGUAGUAUAUGUUGUCCACACAGUUUGUACAUAUAUAUAUGUCUGCUUUAUUUUGUACAGAUGUUUUAGUUGUUGCAUUUUUUUAAAAAGUCACUACUUUUCAGAAACUUUUAUAAGUCUCUGUCAUUUCCCUUACCCCUUUUUACUAACCGCCUCUCCCAUUGCCCUGGUUGCAAGCACAUUUAGAUGGUGCAAGUGUGUACGAUAGUAUUUUAUUGCAGAAUUUUGCAAAUUGUAUUUCAACAAAUAUAGUGUUACCAGCAAAAAAAACUAACUGUACAUAUAUCUUUAUAGUUAUUAACAGGAAAUGAGAAUAAGGCGUCUGAAUAGAUUCACUGAUACUCUUUUGCAGUAUAUCUUUAUUACACCAAAACUCCAGCCUAAGCUGUAUAAUCUUGAAGCUUCAAAUUUUGAAUCUGUUGAACUGCAUGCAGUACAGCUGUGAAAUCAACACCUUUACUGUUGUUUUAUGAUGAAAAUGACCAUAUUUGUUGCCUGUAAAAUGAGAACUCUUUAUAUUCUCUGUAACUGAUUUUAAAGAUUUCUUUUCGUAAAUGAACAUCAAAUGAUUCAUUUUGAUGCAGUACAAUUCUUAUGGAGAAAAGAACUCAACUUUUUCUGUGUUUUUUGUGAAUUUCAAUCCCUAAUAAAUUUUGCCUGAAUUGAA